AUGCAUCUUUCUCAAACAUCCUCCCGACUUCAUAUGGCUGACUGCCAUGUCCCUGAUCCAGAUCCCUGGACUCGGUUCCAAGCCUUGAUCAAUAUGCCCUUGCAGACAAGACUUCAUAUCAACUAUGGCCUCCCAGUCAUGGUAUUGCUACCGCUAGCAGCAGCAGCGAAGAUAUUCAACUGGCAUGCCACAAUCGUUUUGGUGGUCAAUAUCGCGGCGAUUGUCUUCUUAUCGGAGGCCAUUUCUAUCUCUUCCGAGGAACUUGAGGAAUACCUGGGUGAAUUGCAGGGAGCACUUCUCAGUGCGACAUUUGGCAAUACCGUCGAGCUAACAAUGCAGGCUGGAACCCUCGCCUUGGUCCAUGGAGAAAUCGCAUUCGCGCAAUCCGUCAUGGUGGGCAGUAUUCUCUCUGAUAUUCUUCUGGUCUUCGGUUGCUGUCUCAUCACAGCGUCAUACAACAAGGACGUCUUGGAGUUCAACGGCGCCUUGGCAAAGACACUCUCAUCAUUGAUGAUGAUCACAGCAGUAGCACUGCUUCUACCAACAGCACUAUACUCGACAUUUCCAGUAUCCGAAAUUGACGACAGGGUGCUUUCUUUCUCACGUGGAACUUCCUUCGUGCUACUUAUUCUCUAUGCUGGAUAUCUUUACUUCUACCUCGGAACCCACAAGCACCUCUUUAUCUCACACGAGGACACAUCCGACGAAGAAGAUGAGAAUGCCGAGUCAUCAGCACAAGAAAAACCCGUAAAUCUGUCUUCUUCGGUGUUCAGAUUGGUGACAGCUGUCGCAGCAACGAUCUUCUGCACGGAACUUCUGCUCGAAAGUGUUGAUGAUAUGGCAAACACUCUUGGGACUUCUCAUAGCUUUAUUUCCCUGGUCUUUAUUCCAAUUGCCAGUAACAGUACUGAGGGUGUUACUGUUGUCUCUUCCUCACGAUCUGGCAAUACUGACGCUGCGAUUCGAGUGAUUAUCGAUAGUCUUUUGCAAAUCGGUCUUUUUGCGAUUCCUUUCUUAGUGGUUAUGGGUUGGUGCAUUGCCGAACCAAUGACUCUUUUCUUUGACUCUUUCCAGACUGUUGCUAUGUUCUUGGCUAUUCUGGUUGUCAAUCAUUUGUUGAGGGAUGGGCAGUAUGCUUACAUUCAUGGGGCGAUGUUGAUUGCGCUUUAUUCUGGACUAGUUGCCGCAUUCUACACCCGCUAG